UGAAGAGUAACCAAAUCAGGUAGCUAACAAGUGGAAAUCAUGGCAGUUGCAAGAUUUUCGUUCCUCUCGAAUCUGUCAUCAUUGGUCCCAAUAUCUUCCCAGUCACAAUCAUCACCAUCACCUAAAUUCUCCACUGGAAAAAUCUGCUGCCGGAAAACUGAAGCUGUCAUUGAGAAUGGAGAUGGGUCAAUCAGUCGAAGAGACGUUCUCAAAUGCUUGGGUGCAACAAUUAGCAUUGUGAGCUCAGGAUCUUUCAUAGAGACAGCAGUGGCUGCUGAUUUGAUCCAGCUAAGACAGCGAUCAGAUUUCUUGUCGAAAGUUAAAAGCUCUCUAUACACAAAUAUAAAGGCAAACCCAGAGCUCAUUCCUUCUUUAUUAACUCUAGCACUUAAUGAUGCAAUGACUUAUGACAAGGCAACAAAAUCUGGAGGACCCAAUGGGUCAAUUCGUUUCAGUGCAGAGCUAAGCAGACCUGAAAAUGAAGGACUUUCUGCUGCUUUGAAUUUUUUAGAGGAAACAAAGAAGGAGAUAGAUGCCUACUCAAAGGGUGGACCGAUUUCAUAUGCAGAUCUCAUCCAGUAUGCAGCACAAUCGGCAGUGAAGAAUACAUUUCUAAGUGCUGCAACUCGGAAGGCCGGAGGUAAUGAAGAAAAAGGAAAUUUAUUGUAUACAGCGUAUGGGUCAGCUGGCCAGUGGGGUUUGUUCGAUAAGACGUUGGGACGUUCAGAUACACAAGAGGUGGAUCCAGAGGGAAGAGUUCCACAAUGGCAGAAAGCAUCUGUUCAAGAAAUGAAAGACAAGUUUAUAGCAGUUGGCUUUGGCCCCCGUCAGUUAGCUGUGAUGUCUGCAUUCCUAGGCCCUGAUCAGUUGGCGACAGAGACGCUUCUGGCAUCCGACCCAGAAGUUUCGCCGUGGGUUGAAAAGUACCAACGUAGCCGAGAAUCAGUUUCCCAGACUAAUUACGAGGUGGACCUUAUAACUACUCUCACAAAACUUAGUUGCCUGGGGCAAAAGAUCAAUUACGAAGCAUACUCAUAUCCCAUCAAGAAAGUCGAUUUCAGCAAACUCAAACUGUAGAAAGUUUUAGAUGUAUGGGGAUAUAAGCAGAUGAGCUUGGGAGUUGGAACAUGCAAUCUCCCUUUUCUAUAGAAGAGUACUACUGCCAAUAAGACAUUUGGAUUAGAAAUUUACAUUAUUUUGCAAAACUGUUAAAAUCUUUAUUUUUCGAGGAAAAAACAUAAAAUAAAUGGAGACGUGGAGAGUAAUUGUUUUUGCUACAUUUCACAUGCAUACUAAGAGUAAGGGCUAUUGUUUAAUCUCUCAUAUUCAAUACAAAGAGACUACCAAAUUUAA